AUGAGACGCUUGCUGGUCGUCGCGCUUCAUUCCCUGGCGCUGCAUGCAGAGUCGGACUCCGAGCCCGGCUUUGAGUACUACGCCGGAGCCGCUGGGCCUUGGUCCUCGGAGUUUCAGGUGACGCUUCACCACGCAGGAAGAUCUGUUCAGCCUCACGUCUACGGCAUCUCUGUACCAAGCGACCGUCGGGAUGGACCGGAACCAGCAGAUCGAAGCACCUCUUGGGUGGAAUUUGCGCAGCCAUGCAACCAGAGUGUGACGGUUGUGGAGGUGGUGAGGAUGAAGAAGCCUUUUCCCAAGGACGUUCAUAUCCGGCCCAAGCGUUAUGGAAUCCACCUCCAGCUUUCAGAUGAUGCACAUACGGUUUCUUUCGCCGCAAACGGUUGUGGCAAGCAUAUCUCAGUUCACUACGGGUCUGUCUUUGUCGACGCCAACUCGAGUAAAUAUAAUCUGGACUCCAGCACACAUGAUGCGAUGCUGGUCUUUGUCAGCGAGCCGGCGCCACCUGUGGACCCGGCUGCUCUGGUGAUUCCACCAGGUGAACACCACGUGGGUCAGGGAGGAGUCCUGAACGUAUCAUGUGAGGUGUCCAAAUCAACACCUUCAAGUUCGAGCCUGAAUCCGUGGACCAGAUAG